UCAAUGAAAAAAUAUGCAUAAAAAAAUAUAUUGUAAUAUCGUUAAUAUUAAGAGAACUGAAAGAAAUGGUCCAAUCUUUCAAGAAUCUCUGAGCCUCACUUUGGUCCUUGUACUUGUCUUGCUUGCUUCUAGAAUGGAGACUACAACAAACCUAUUCCUGCUCAAUUCUCGGAGCAUCUGAACCAUGGCGUGUCUGCCGGCGUGCCCUUGCCUGAGACACCAAAAACGCUGCAGUGGGUCAACUGUCAGAUGCUGUUGUGUAAAAAAUGCAACAACAACCAGACCGUCAAGAUCAAGCAGUUGGCCUCAUUCACCCCAAGGGAAGAUGUAUGUAUUUUUUAUUUAUUUUUUAUUUUACUCUUUGAUUUGUGGAAAACUGCAGUAUGUGUGAUCCAGGGUGAGUUUGUAUAAAGCCAAUGUGGUCACAGGAAAAACAACAAUGAUAUUUUGGUUUCCCUACCCUAGGAGAACUAUGAUGAGGAGAUUGAGGUGUAUAAGCACCACGUGGAGCAGACCUACAAGUUGUGCAGACCCUGUCAGACGGCCGUGGAGUACUACAUCAAGCACCAGAACCGCCAGCUCCGGGCCGUGCUCUUCAGCCACCAGCUCAGACGCAGCAGAGACUGUGACAAAGCCUUCGUAAAGGUCACUUUCAAUGGAAACAAGUCCAUCUGAUAAGACUGUUGAGCAAGCAUCAGCACUAGACUUAUAGUAGAAAAUGAUCUAAGAAAUAGAAAUGCAUUUACCACUGCCAGGUCUUUCGAUGCGUUUCAGCUGAAGCUAUCAGUAAGAAAUGAUUUAAGUGCAUAAAUUGAUUACUCCGCAGAAAUAGGUGUGCACAUUUGAUUAACAUUCACAAGGGGUCUAGACGUGGCAUUAUAGGAAUUCACAUCUAUCCUUACGCUCUAAACUUUUUUUUCACAGAGCUCCUACUCCUUCAGCACACCAGUUGGAGUGAUAUUGCUUCGUGUCCUGGCGUUUUUCACCUGUGCCUUCCUAGUUGCAACAGCACUGUAUGGCUCUGGGGACCAAACUGCACCCGCUGGUGCACCCCAAACACUAAGCGGAGGGAUCAUCCCUCCAAAGCCUGCUCCCUGCAAUGAAUCGACUCCCAAAAACGGCAGCAGCGAGGCUGGACAGGUGUGGAAAGACCUGCUGGAGCUGCUUCCAGUGGAGGCCGUAGAGAAUGCAAAGCUUGUCUGGCAGUAUGGAAGGAACCAUCAGAUGGCUGUGGUCUCCAUUGGCCUGCUGACCUGUAUCACUGGUGUCUGUCUAGGAGGACAUGUCAGGUAAUUCAUGGAACUCCUCUUAACUCAUUGUUUCUAUGAUGAAGAAUUCCGGGUAUGCACUGGUGCCUGAACCUGGAGUUUUGGCUACUUAAAUUGAAAAUAAUCUUUGUGAAUUUUGACCUUUUUGAGCAUGAAGAGAAGGUCCAAGAGGCCCUGAAAAAUGCCUUUUUAGUUUUUUAAAUUCCAGACAGUAGUUAUAUACUUUGUUCCUGGGUUUUCAGAUUGAGGCGAAUUGAUGCCGUGGCCUCUGUCCUGUGGUUCCUGGUCUUGUGCCUGUACUUGGUGGAGAGAUACCUGAAAGCUGAUGUCUCAAGCUGGCUGGAUACAGUCAAACUCGGCACCACCUCCUUAUGUUGCCUGGUCGGCUUUGCCGCUGCCGUGGCAACACGCAAAUCCAUGGGCCCUAGAAGAGCGAGAGGUCGAAGGUCAGAAUCUGAACAGUGACACUUAAAUAUACUUAUAAGACCCACCGAAUACACUAGGACCCACAUGUGAACACAUAGGAUAUGUUUCUCUAACGCAUAUGACUUUCCCGUCUUUUCUCAUCUCUCCUUUGCUGAUAUUAACCAACUAAUUGAUGCACAUGUUAUUAGCCUAAUCUGAAGAUUUCUUACUUGGCAUUGGUUGUCUAAUGCAACUUUCUGAUUUAUCCUAUUUAUUUGGAAAGUCAUUUUAUCAACAACCCUAUCUAAACAACACAGGGACUCCCAUUAAGCAAGGAUGCAUAGCUAACACUUAAAUUGUAGCUGUGUUUUCGGAGAAUUGAAACUCAGAAAUCAAUUGGCUGUGUAGCGGAUAUGAACAGAUCGAUGUGCUGCCUUUUUCUUUGACAUUAGCAUGGCUCAAGCCUCGAUCUUGUUAGGAAUUCCUUUUUAUAACCCUGAUGGCUAAUACUUUGACAGGGCAAACCACGCCUAUCACAUUUUAUGGAAGGGUUAGGCCAAAGAGUGAGUCCUUUUUAUUUCAAAACCUGAUUAUUGUGACGAAUCCUGGGGUGGUGCUUGUAGUGGGAAUGUGAUUUUAAUCUGUAAAUUCUAUAGUAACACUGCUAGCCGGCGAAAAAGUUUGACAAUAUCGUCCGAUGCCUCCCAUUGUGUGCUGUGCGAUUUGUAUUUGGUGGACUAAUAAACGUUUUGGAAGGAGAGAGUCUGGGGACAGGCUUUGGCAGAGAACUAGUCAGUUUAGAUGGAGAAAAAAAACCUGCUCCCAAAACCAAAUCGAGUAGCUGGCCAGCAUGCACACAAUAUUUUGGUUCUAGGUGCUGAGAUUAUUCCAAACCCAGGAUUGCUUGCCGUCCAGUAUACUUUGCUCACUGGCUGGGCUGCACUACGCAUGUAAAAUGGAGCCCAUAGUCUUUUUCAUGCCCAUGUCCCAUGUGCGGGUUUCUCUUUGAAGUUAUGUAUUUUUCCCAUGCAUCUGCAACAAGAUAUCUUCUAUGUGCUUUUUUAAAUGUUGAAUGCCCGUCCAGUUGUGCUGAAUUCAGGCAUUCAUCCAACAAGUUUUGCACUGUAAAAACAGUAUGGUUUGUUUGACCUAUUUCACAAUAAUUAUGGAAACCGAGCCACUCUGAUAAGCUUGUUGUGACAAGGUGUCAAAUUGUUAUACCGCUAGGCUAAAUAUUGUUACAUCACUGCUUUUUACCUUUAUAGUUUUGCAACUAUAAAGACCACACUAAUAUAAUGGUGUUGGUUGGCUUUCCUGGUAUACUGAAUUUAUUCUUGAAGUUUCGAAUGAAACGACAGUUGGGUAGGUGUUUUGAAGAAAGGUUUUGUUCACACAAAUCUUUACCAAUAAGACUGACUACUCUUGGUAUUGAAACUCAAAAGUGCCACUGCUUUUGACCUGUAUUUCUCUACGGUUGUGUAAAGAAGACAAACAAGCUUAUGAUUAAGUGGAAGCUGUAUACAGUUCACUUGUAGUUUCCCCAGGUACAGGGUGUUCUCCUGAAGAUUUUUUAAAAUAUUUUUCAUAUUUUGUGUACACCACAGUACUUUUUUGUCCCCCAGAGUGGUACAUUUUUGUGGCAGUCUUUCUGUUUUCUGUCUUUGCAUGUUAGGUUCUGAUUGUAGAAUCGAGUAUCCUCUUGUAAAGCAUAUGCUAAUCCAUAUUUUAGAGGAAAUAAUAGGCCUAACUAUACUGCUAUGUGCCUCCACUUUCCCUUCCUUAUUAAAAUCCACUGACAGCUCCCCAGCCCUCAAGCAUGCACUAAUAUUGGGUUUGAUGAUACUUUGUGUUUAAUGUAGCUUUUGUUUGUGAUGUAAAAUUAGACAGGAAUGCUACACAUAACAUGCUAUACCUAUUCAUGUGUAUCUUCUUUUUUUGAGUGAAUAUUACUGUAUUUAAAUGAUAGAUGUGAAGAACGUCUGUAGAUUGUACUCGAGGGUAACAUUACUGCACCAACUCAUGUAUGUUGUAUUCUCAACUUUUUGGUUUAUGUACCCAGCAUCUGUAACCAGGUUUCCAUCUAACCAUUUCAUUUGGAUGAAUUACCUGACGCAUGAAAAAAGUCACGACUGGGCUGAUGGAAACAGGAAAUGCCAGUACAAUUUUAUAAAUGUCGACAGACUAUUUGUUCGUUCGGUCAAAUUAAUUAUGCGAGAAAUGGCGGUGGAAACGCCUUUGUGCAAAUAUUGAUAUAAAAACGAUCAUAUUGAAUAUAAACUUGGACUUACGCGAUAUGUUGUGUGGUCCUCCCACUACGAUUCGGGAAAGCAUGCAGUUUAUUAGGCUCUGAUGAACUUCACAGGGUGGUGAAAGUGCACAGUGAUGAGUUUCUCCUUUCCAAUAAAUAUCGAGGGUCUUAUUCUGGUGACAUGAUCAUCGAUGCUUGGCUGCUGUUUUGACAAAAAUAAUUUUGCUCUUAUCCAUAAUAAUCUCAUCAUGUAUGUAGCCUACCCACACUGUAUCUGCCAGCUGUUGCAAAAGUGCGCAUGUGCCAAGACCAUAGUGUUAUAUACCGCAACAGUUUUUGACAAAACCAUCAGAGUUGAAAAUGCGAUGGAAACUCAUUUAACUUGUAUUUUUUGUUCAGUACAUGGACAUGUAACCGCAGAAGUUAUUUUUGUGUAGUAAGUCAGUUUGAUGGAAACGCAUCUUGUGGGAAAAUGUGCAUAUUGUUUUAUGCAGAUUUUAGAAUAUCAUAAAUCUUUCGCUAAUUGGAUGGAAACCUAGCUUGAGACAAUACCCACAGUCAGUUUUGUGAAAAUCUGGAUUUCUGUGAUACAGAUGCUGUUACAUUGUUUUGACAGUUUUCAGUCUGCAAAACUAUUAUUUGAGUAUGUAGCCAAUUUGUAUGUAAUAUGCGUUACAAUGCCAAAUGUAUUUAACUGGUUCUAGCACAUUUCCCUCUGUUACUAGUUUGGCAUUUGCCCAUGAAAGCGUACGUGACUCUUCAUGUUUUACAUCAUAUGAGUAUGCUAGUAUACCUGAUUUUAAUGGAUACUAACAACUAUUGUGUAUCUCAACCAAUGUUUUUAGCAAAAAAAAAUUGCCUAACCUUAUUAUUUUAACUAUGUUGUGAGCAUACAUCUAUUAGUGUCACUUAGUGGGGAGAACAAGUAUUUGAUACACUGCCGAUUUUGCAGGUUUUCCUACUUACAAAGCAUGUAGAGGUCUGUAAUUUUUAUCGUAGGUACACUUCAACUGUGAGAGACGGAAUCUAAAACAAAAAUCCAGAAAAUCACAUUGUAUGAUUUUUAAGUAAUUAAUUUGCAUUUUAUUGCAUGACAUAAAUAUUUGAUACAUCAGAAAAGCAGAACUUAAAAUUUGGUACAGAAACCUUUGUUUGCAAUUACAGAGAUCAUACGUUUCUUGUAGGUCUUGACCAGGUUUGCACACACUGCAGCAGGGAUUUUGGCCCACUCCUCCAUACAGACCGUCUCCAGAUCCUUCAGGUUUCGGGGCUGUCGCUGGGCAAUACGGACUUUCAGCUCCCUCCAAAGAUUUUCUAUUGGGUUCAGGUCUGGAGACUGGCUAGGCCACUCCAGGACCUUGAGAUGCUUCUUACGGAGCCACUCCUUAGUUGCCCUGGCUGUGUGUUUCGGGUCGUUGUCAUGCUGGAAGACCCAGCCACGACCCAUCUUCAAUGCUCUUACUGAGGGAAGGAGGUUGUUGGCCAAGAUCUCGCGAUACAUGGCCCCAUCCAUCCUCCCCUCAAUACGGUGCAGUCGUCCUGUCCCCUUUGCAGAAAAGCAUCCCCAAAGAAUGAUGUUUCCAUCUCCAUGCUUCACGGUUGGGAUGGUGUUCUUGGGUUGUACUCAUCCUUCUUCUUUCUCCAAACACGGCGAGUGGAGUUUAGACCAAAAAGCUAUAUUUUUGUCUCAUCAGACCACAUGACCUUCUCCCAUUCCUCCUCUGGAUCAUCCAGAUGGUCAUUGGCAAACUUCAGACGGGCCUGGACAUGCGCUGGCUUGAGCAGGGGGACCUUGCGUGCACUGCAGGAUUUUAAUCCAUGACGGCGUAGUGUGUUACUAAUGGUUUUCUUUGAGACUGGUCCCAGCUCUCUUCAGGUCAUUGACCAGGUCCUGCCGUGUAGUUCUGGGCUGAUCCCUCACCUUGCUCAUGAUCAUUGAUGCCCCACGAGGUGAGAUCUUGCAUGGAGCCCCAGACCGAGGUUGAUUGACCGUCAUCUUGAACUUCUUCCAUUUUCUAAUAAUUGCGCCAACAGUUGUUGCCUUCUCACCAAGCUGCUUGCCUAUUGUCCUGUAGCCCAUCCCAGCCUUGUGCAUGUCUACAAUUUUAUCCAUGAUGUCCUUACACAGCUCUCUGGUCUUGGCCAUUGUGGAGAGGUUGGAGUCUGUUUGAGUGUGUGGACAGGUGUCUUUUAUACAGGUAACGAGUUCAAACAGGUGCAGUUAAUACAUGUAAUGAGUGGAGAACAGGAGGGCUUCUUAAAGAAAAACUAACAGGUCUGUGAGAUCCGGAAUUCUUACUGGUUGGUAGGUGAUCAAAUACUUAUGUCAUGCAAUCAAAUGCAAAUUAAUUACUUAAAAAUCAUACAAUGUGAUUUUCUGGAUUUUUGUUUUAGAUUCCGUCUCUCACAGUUGAAGUGUACCUAUGAUAAAAAUUACAGACCUCUACAUGCUUUGUAAGUAGGAAAACCUGCAAAAUCGGCAGUGUAUCAAAUACUUGUUCUCCCCACUGUAUGUGUAUGUUAUGUGUAUUUUUUAAAAAUGGUUAUUGCUUUGUGUAUUUCUAUUCACCAUAGAAACAAGGGAUUACUUGAUAGUUAUUUUGGUUUAUGCCAAAUUGGCGAAUGUAGGUUAUGCAACUUUUUUAAACUAAUUUAUUUGUGCCCAUUAUUUAAGUGUGUAGCUAACAAUGUGAUAGUAAGAACUCAUUAGUUUGUGAAUCUAGUGCAUUUUUGCUUACCUUUAUACUGUAUAUGUGUUGCAAUGCUGAAACACUUAAAGAUUCAGUACCCUGAAGGGAGAUUGAGGUGUGCCCCAUUUUUCUAAGAUUAAAGCGAUUGUUCAGACAAAUCACACAAAAAACAAACGUAAUCCAUUUGUUUCCUUACCUUGAAACAAGGUUUCCUUACCUCUCCUUGUCCAAAAACUGCUUCACAGGUAAGGAAACAAAUAUAUAAAUAUGCAGUUUGGCUGAACUAUCCCUUUGAUACACCAAAUAAAUUAUGGUACUUUAUCUUAUCAUUAAUGUAUGAGUAUGGAACGAUUAAUGCGUAUUCCAAAACAUACAAUAUAAGCUUUCAUGUAAUAUCCAAUGCUCAUUUAUGUGAAGUUCCUAUAUUUUUGUUAAAGCAACUAUUUAAGCAAUUCCGUCCAUUCUAAAAAAUAAACUGCAGCAUAUUCCAAGUGAAACACUUUCUCUUUUGGGAACUGCAUCUUGAAUAUUGUAGGUUGUCACUACCCUUCAUAUAGCCUAUUGGGGUUAUUUUGUAUUAGUAAACCAUGUAUGAUUGAUCACUGUAAAUCGAAUUAAAUAAAUGACUGAAAUGUUAUGCCUUUUCUAUUUAUCCCAUUAUUUUGUGAGAAAAAUGCAUGGCCUGCUCUUAACCCUUAUCUUAAAAGAAUGUUAUACCUCAGAGACACCGCAAAGACGAAUGGCUAAAAGCAGCGGGUAGCUAUUGUGUGUUUACAAUCACCUGCUCUUAGUGGUCACUGACAAACGGUGGGCAUUGAACAAGUGCAAUUGUCCGAAAAUGACGUCUGAUGUUCCGGUCACUGUUCGUUGUGUGUUUUGACCUUUACAAAAUACACUUCUGUGGUUUUCACCUUGACCAGUAUAGUCCAGCUUACUUUUUUAAUGUGCUUAGGAAGAGAGAGCACUACAUUCUGUCAGCGCCAAGUAGCCUAGAUUAGAAGGGGGUAUAGUGUACUGCAGGGUUUCCCAAACUCUGUCCUCGGGAUCCCAAGGGGUGCACAUUUUGGUUUUUGCCCUAGCACUACACAGCUGAUUCAAAUAAUUAACUAAUCAUCAAGCUUUAAUCAGCUGUGUAGUGUUAGGGCAAAAACCAAAACGUGCACCCCUUGGGGUCCCGAGGUUUGAGUUUGGAAAACGCUAGUGUACUGUAUGUUAUACAACAUUGUUUAUAUGUAUAUAAACGUUGUGUGUAAUGAAUGUAAGAAUGCUACUAAAUGGACUUGGCAGUUGUAUGUGUACUCUUGACUAAGAUCUUUUAUGAAUUGUUCUAUGUUUGCCACUAGCGUCACUAGUAUAACCGGUACUGUCAGCUGGUUCAUGUUUGUCAGACAGCUGGGAUAGACUGUCAAUGGCACCCAUUUACAUGUAGCCUCAUCACUCCCGUGUCUAAUAACAUUCACUGCUGGAUAGAAGGGUUGUUUGACCUUGUCUGACCAUUGCCUUCUAUGUACACUUGAAUAAGUAUUGGCAGGGUGGAUUGAGGUAUACUCUGAGUCACCAAUUGUUGGACAAAGAGUUACUGUCAUCGACCUCAACCAGGAUUGAAUAGGCCUACCUUCAUUAAUGAUGUCGAGUUGCCUUCACUCAAGUGCAAUCUGCAGUUAACACAACAUAGCGGUCAUCCCGCAACGGUUUUGGUUAACAGCUGAGGGAUGGGGCUGGAGAAAUGUCACCACUCAAAUGUAUAAACAAAGCUAUGGAUGCAAGGACUAACGUUAAUCCACUGUUAAAUACAAUGUGAUCCUUCUCGAUUUUUCCCACCUUUUUAUAAAUUAUGUACGGGGGGCAAUGCAGGUAUCGUUGUAGCUAAUUUUCAAUGGGCUGUUUCUGCGGAAAUUGUUUGCGCUAACCUGCAAUUUGACUAAUUGGACCUUUACAAAUAAAAUUAUUAAUAUCACAUCUGUAAAAUAAUACAAUAAAAUUAUUUUAUUUAAUAAUUGUAUUUGUAAAGCACAUUUCUCGCACCAAAAAUAGAUUUUACAGUAUUAAAAAUAACUAAAGGCACAAUGCCGCCGUUUUUAUAUCGACAUUUAAGUCAUUUCUGGGUAACAAUUAAGUACCUUACUGUAAUAGAUUUCCAUUAAAAUGGCCAAAAUUGCUUUUAUUUGCAAUUAUUUCUCAAGCAAGAAUUCUGCUAGGACUGUCUGGGAGUGGACUGAGUCAAGAGGGGAAAAAUAGCUGUUAUUGGCAGAGGUGUGGAACUCUCUUUAUUGGUCUAUUAACCAAUUUACCGCAUGGUGACGUCACCAUGAAGGUCCUAUGUAGAUUGUAUUUUCAACCAGCAACUAUCAGGAAAUAACACUGAUCACAUGUUUUCACACUUUCAGUGUUAGUUUCAUCAGUUGUUGUACAAUAUGAUAUAAAACAUAGGAAAAACUGAAUUUUGACUGCACUGGGCCUUUUAAGAAAUACUGGAGGGCUAUACAGAGAAUUUGAUUUUGAAUUUUUGCCCCUAUUGUUACCAUAAUUGGCUAUAUUAAAAUCCCCCAAACCACCUCUACCUGCAAAGUCUCUUCUCCAUUUUGAGUAAUGUAUUUACAAAAGGGGAAGGAAAACCCUUUUAUCAAAAAAACCUGAUUCAAUUCACAUAGCUAAAUGCAGAGGUGUCGAGUUCAGUGGUGGAUCGAUUGUGCUCUUCUUCUGUUGCAGGUACCUUUCAGGUAGCUCUGUGGACUCGCUGUACGGUGGCCAGGCUCCCCUGCUCUCUCCCAUCUCCCCUGGCUCCUCCUCUACCUUCAUCCCCACUCCACCCCCAAACCUCUCCCAGCUCAUCAAUCGACAGCAGAGCCCCCGAGAACGCAAAGCCUCUCCCUCUUCCCUGCCCGGUCGCCUCAACCGAGCCCUGUACCUCGGCACCAUCCCAUCCCUCGCCAGAACAGGUAAGAUGGCCGGCGCCUCAGGUUGUCUUUCGGGUUCUGUACAUGACUGUUCUGCCUUUCAUUCUAUGCACUGUGAUUCAGCGCCACCCGGUGGUCAUAUUUAACUGUGUAGCUUGCACUUCUAUGGUACUUUCUUGGCUGCUAUCAAUUACAUACACCAUAAGGAGGACAGUACAAUGACAUAAGGCAGUAACAGGGUUAUGUGGCGCGGUUAUUACAUGCUUCACAACAUUGGUAACUAGCUAGUAGAAUUCUAAAACAUGGCUACACAGAUCACAGAAUAACUUACUUUGUUUUGAUCAUAUGUGUUGUAUGCAUGUUGUUGCAUGGAGGUUUAUUUGACCGGGAAAUGUUCUAAUUCAGGGUUUCCCAAAGUCGGUCCUGGUGCACGUUCUGGUUUUUGCCCUAGCAUUACAAAGCUGAUUCAAAUAAUCAGAGCUUGAUGAGGAGUUGGUUAUUUGAAUCAGCUGUGUAGUGCUAGGGCAAAAACCAAAUCGUGCCCCCAGGACCAAGUUCGGGAAACCCUAUUCUAAUUGAUAGUGUGCUCAUGUCUUUUAGAUUCCGGCUACCUGUUCAGUGGAAGUAGGCCACCUUCACAGUGCAAAGACUCCCCACCUUCAGGUAACGUUGAGCAUUGGCUAAAUGUUGCAAUUUAUAGUUUCUACAACUCGCCCUGUUUUUUGUUUUUGCUCAGGGACCCCCGCCCAGGCAAACCGGUGACCCAGGGACCCCCAUCAUGUUAGCAAAAAAGUUUUUUGUCUUAUCAGGUGAAUGAUAGUCCCCUGUAGCUCAGUUGGUAGAACAUGGCGCUUGCAACGCCAGGGUUGUGGGUUCGUUUUCCACGGGGGGCCAGUAUGAAAAAUGUAUGCACUCACUAACUGUAAGUGGCUCUGGAUAAGAGCGUCUGCUAAAUGACUAAAAUGUAAAUGAUAAUGGCAAGAAGAAGUAAUAAAUAUUUUUAGAUUUUUUAGGUUUGUUAGAGGUUUAUUUUGACCCUACAUAAUUGGAAGAUGAAGUUUAAACUCUAACAGCCAAUUAGUUAGAAAGAUAACUAAACAGAGGUGAGCCAUGUUAGCCAAAAUGAAUGUCUUAAGUCAAGAAAGCUUACCAACAGCCAGUGGCACUUGCCGUGAAUGGUACUCACAGGUGCUUUUUCAAAGCCUGGUUCACAUUGGCAGUUUGAAGGGACUCAAAUCCUAUUUAUUUGCAUAUCUGAUUCGAAUCAGUUAUUUUUCCUGCAGUCUGAACAGCCAAAAAGCACAUGUCAUCAGAUAUUUCAAGCCACAUUUGAAGUCCGAUACAAAUCUGAUUCCUGGCCAUGUGGCUUGUCUCAAUGGUCAAAUUAUUGAUUUGCCCUCAAGUGGUUUUUAGACUGUUAUACAAAUCUUGAUGCUUUCGCGCUACUCUGUUGACAGUUUGACAAGAACAUGUGGUAGCUAACUAGCUUGUUAAUUGUUUACAAACAAAUUAGUGAAUGUGCUAGAAAGCUAAACAGCUAGCUAGUUGACUGUUGUGGCUAGCCAAAAAGGACUCAUUUUGAAAGUUGGAUCAUGUUACCCUUUGAGGCUUUAAGUGUUCUUACCCUAUGAUUUCGAACAUUCAAAGCAACUGGGAAACAUCCAUGGCAGGCAUUGUUGGCACCUUAGCAUGCUACAUAACUUCUGAGUGAUAGGAAGCGCAAGCACCACCACCGAUCAGCCUACACCACUGCACACACACCCGUCGUUACUAUGACAACUAGCGUAGCCUUGUCAGCAAAUGACUGCUGUCUGAACACACACAUCCGAUUUGGUCACUUGUAACUUGCUGUUUGGACAGUCUGUGGUCUAAAAUGGAUUUGAAAAACAAAACUAAUUUGAGCAUUAAGGCUUGCAGUGUGAACAAGGCUUUAGAUACUCCAGUCAGUGUACUUCGCUCCAAUUAGUGUAAUUUGCUCAAUAUUAGAGUUGAGAUAAAGUUGACACCAAAUAAUAUAUUAUGUUUUCUACUGUAGGCAUGCAAUUCCAAAAAUGUGUUUAUUCUGUUGUUGCUAGCGAUAUUCAUAAAAACAUAUUUUGUCCACUUUUUUGUUUAAUUUAUAUAUAGUUUAUUUAUAUUUUCGCGGAACCCCCUGCAGUACCUCUACAGACCCCAGGUUGAAUAUCCCGGAUCUGAAGUAUCAAAUUUAGCAUCGUUUUGAUUUUCUCUCAAAACAUUCGAUGUAACAUGUUAAAAUCUACUAUGAAUAACAUAGAACAGGACAAUGAGUUUUGCAGUUGUUCUACAGAUUUGACUAAAACAACUUCCACCUUUUCUUUUGGAGCAGAUUAUUUCUCCCUGAAGUCUGGGAGCCGUCCGUCAUCCCCAGGCCCCUCCCCGACCCCCUCGGUGGCCGGCUCAGUCACGUCGAGCUCCAGCUCUCGCCACCGCCGCCCACUCAUCAGCCCAGCAAGACUCAACAUCAGUGGACAGAAACUCCGCCUCUUCUCAUCUGACACAGAGCCCCAGCCCCCACCAACCCCGACGCUGCCAAACCACUUCUCAGCAGAGCCCGCCCCUUUUCACAGCGGAAGCUUCCAUCUGCCAGACGUAUCCCCGUACCACAGUAGUAAUGGUACGAACCACUGGGUGUAGAUAUGCGUUUAUGAAUGUAUCUUUUUUAAGCAUGAACACGUAUUCAAAGAUCGUACACUAAAUGUGAUAUUUCAAGUUUUAUUAUUUGUAUGUGCAGGAUACACAUGGUACAGUUGAAGUCGGAAGUUUACAUACACAGGUUGGAAUCAUUAAAACUCGUUUUUCAACCACUCCACAAAUUUCUUGUUAACAAACUAUAGUUUUGGCAAGUUGUUUAGGACAUCUACUUUGUGCAUGACACACGUAGUUUUUCCAACAAUUGUUUACAGACAGAUUAUUUCACUUAUAAUUCACUGUAUCACAAUUCCAGUGGGUCAGAAGUGUACAUGCACUAAGUUGACUGUGCCUUUAACCAGCUUGGAAAAUUCCAGAAAAUGAUGUCAUGGCUUUAGAAGCUUCUGAUAGGCUAAUUGACAUCAUUUGAGUCAAUUGGAGGUGUAUCUGUGGAUGUAUUUCAAGGCCUACCUUCAAACUCAAUGCCUCUUUGCUUGACAUCAUGGGAAAAUCAAAAGAAAUCAGCCAAGACCUCAGAAAAAUAAUUGUAGACCUCCACAAGUAUGGUUCAUCCUUGGGAGCAAUUUCCAAACGCCUGAAGGUACUACGUUCAUCUGUACAAACAAUAGUACGCAAGUAUAAACACCAUGGGACCACGCAGCCGUCAUACCGCUCAGGAAGGAGACGCGUUCUGUCUCCUAGAGAUGAACGUACUUUGGUGCGAAAAGUGCAAAUCUAUCCCACAACAACAGCAAAGGACCUUGUGAAGAUGCUGGAGGAAACAGGUACAAAAGUAUCUAUAUCCACAGUAAAACGAGUCCUAUAUCGACAUAACCUGAAAGGCUGCUCAGCAAGGAAGAAGCCACUGCUCCAAAACCGCCAUAAAAAAGCCAGACUACGGUUUGCAACUGCACAUGGGUAUAAAGAUCGUACUUUUUGGAGAAAUGUCCUCUGGUAUGAUUUUUUAAAAAUAUAUAGAACUGUUAAGAGGAAAAGGGGGGCGCUUGCAAGCCGAAGAACACCAUCCCAACCGUGAAGCAUGGGGGUGGCAGCAUCAUGCUGUGGGGGUGCUUUGCUGCAGGAGGGACUGGUGCACUUCACAAAAUAGAUGGCAUCAUGAGGAAGGAAAAUGAUGUGGAUAUAUUGAAGCAACAUCUCAAGACAUCAGUCAGGAAGUUAAAGCUUGGUCGCAAAUGAGUCUUCCAAAUGGACAAUGACCCCAAGCAUACUUCCAAAGUUGUGGCAAAAUGGCUUAAGGACAACAAAGUCAAGGUAUUGGAGUGGCCAUCAAAAAGCCCUGACCUCAAUCCUAUAGAAGAUUUGUGGGCAGAACUGAAAAAGCAUGUGUGAGCAAGGAGGCCUACAAACUUGACUCAGUUACACCAGGUCUGUCAGGAGGAAUGGGCCAAAAUUCACCCACUUAUUGUGGGAAGAUUGUGGAAGGCUACCCAAAACGUUUGACCCAAGUUAAACAAUUUAAAGGCAAUGCUACCAAAUACUAAUUCGGAAUGUGAUGAAAGAAACAAAAGCUGAAAUAAAUCAUUCUCUCUACUAUUAUUCUGAUAUUUCACAUUCUUAAAAUAAAGUGGUGAUCCUAACUGACCUAAGACAGGGAAUUUUUACUAGGAUUAAAUGUCAGGAAUUGUGAAAAACUGAGUUUAAAUGUAUUUGGCUAAAGUGUAUGUAAACUUCUGACUUCAACUGUAUACACCAUCCAAUGAAAUGCUUACUUGCAGGUUCCUUCUCGCCAAUGCAACAACAAUAAGAAAUUAUAAGAAUACGAACAUAAAGUAAAUGGCUCAGUAGUAUAGAAUAAACAUUUUUGCAUAAGUAUAAUAAAGGAAGGUACAAUUUAUAGGCUAAUAUUUACGUGUUUUGCAGAGGGAGGCGGGACUACACUGAUUCUCAGGGUUUUUAUGCUUUGUUAAUUACUGGUGUUAGCCUCUAUCCAUUUCAUCUCUUUUUAGUCAAAUGUAUUCAUCGAUGACUCACUUAACAUAGUCCGAUGUGAAAGCUUUGAGAAAGGAAUGACUUUGGGUGCAUGUGUGUUUGACUGACGCAUGGCUCCACUGUGAUGUGAUUCCAGACUUGAGCUCCUUGCUGAUGGAAGGCAGUGUAAUCUCAGAAGAGCACGAGAAGAGACGGGGCAGCUCCUCGGGCUCCUCAGCCUGUAUGGUGGACACCACCACAGGAGGCAUGGACAGCACCCCCGGAUGGAAAGGUGAGCACUGA